UCCCGCUCCCGGCCGGUCCCGGAGCAGCCCCGGGGCCGUGGCCGCGAUGGGUUUGUCCCCCCCCGCAUGAAGGUGUGCGGGGCCGGGCCGGGGCGAGCAGCGGCCGGGGGGGCUCGGGGGGGAGCGGGACCGGGAAUCGCCCCCCCGCAGCCCCCCGGGGGUCCCGGGGCGGACGGAGCGCGGAUCGCGGCGCUGCUCAGGAGGAUGCACUUGUUCCGGAGCUCCAGCUACGAGGUGCGGCUGGAGGGGGCCGGGGGGAGCCUGCCGGGAAUCCAGGGGAUCCGCUGGACCCCGCUCCUGGAGCCGGAACCCGGCCUGGACUGUGGGCACAGCCUCGGCCAGGCCACCUCGGAGCGGAUCUGGCGAGCGGGGCGGCUCCUGCUCGCCCACCUGAGCCUGGCCCGGCCCGGGCUCAUCCGGGACCACAAACACGGCCUGAGGCAGCACCGGCACUGCUGCUCCGGCCGCGAUCUCGUCCUUUGGCUCCUGAGCUCGGGGGCGGUGCAAGCGCGGGGCCAGGCCCUGGGCAUCGGGCAGGUGCUGCUGGACAGCGGGGUGCUGACCCCUGUCCGGCAGGAAUGGCAGUUCCAGGACAAGCCCUCGCACUUUUACCGCUUUGCGGAGCUGGAGCCGGGCCCGGAGCGGCCGCGGGACCCCGAGGAGCUGCUCGAGGCUCUGGGGUUCCUGGCCCAGCUGGGCCCCGACGCGCUGCUGACCACGGCCCUGCGCAAGCCGCCUGCCCAGCGCACCCCGGACGAGCUGGAGCUGAUCUUUGAGGAGCUGCUGCACAUCAAGGCCGUGGCGCAUCUGUCCAACGCGGUGAAGCGGGAGCUGGCGGCCGUGCUGAUGUUCGAGGGGCACCAGCGCGCGGGGACCGUGCUUUUCAGCCAGGGGGACAAAGGCACCUCCUGGUUCAUCAUCUGGAAGGGCUCGGUCAACGUGGUGACCCACGGCAAGGGCGUGGUGGCCACCCUGCACGAGGGUGACGACUUCGGGCAGCUGGCGCUGGUGAACGAGGCCCCGCGCGCGGCCACCAUCCUGCUGCGCGAGGACAAUUGUCACCUGCUGCGCGUGGACAAGCGCGACUUCAACCGCAUCCUCAGGGACGUGGAGGCCAACACGGUGCGGCUGAAGGAGCACGGCCGGGUGGUGCUGGUGCUGCAGAGGGACCUGCAGGGGGGCACGGCCCGGAGCAGCAGCAGGUACCUGGUGGUGGCCGGGACCCCCGAGAAGAUUCUGGAGCACCUGCUGGAGUUCAUGAGGCUCGAUGCCACCCUCUACGACCCCGAGGACACGCUGCUGGGGGAUUUCCUGCUCACCUACACCGUGUUCAUGCCGACCUCGCAGCUCUGCCGCGCCCUGCUGCACCAUUUCCUGGCGGAGCCUCUGGAAGGUUCCCAGCCGGACGCCGCCGUUUAUUCGCUGCGGAAGCGCCGCAAGAUCCUGCGGCUGCUCAGCCAGUGGGUUCUGCUCUACGGGCGGCUCCUGCAGGGCGACCGCAGCACCACGGCCCUGCUGCAGAACCUGGCGGACCUGGCGAGCCGGGACCCGCAGCUGGGCGGGCUGGGACAGGAGCAGGGACAGGAGAGGCGGCGACAGCGAGGGCUGGAGAACGGUGACGGCAGCGUGUCCCCCCAGCCCAAGACCCGCAGCUCCCCACCUUGGCUCGGCACCCCGGAGGACCCAACCCCGGACAUCCCCGGCACUCUGCGAGCCCAAGACAAAGUCCCCUACGAGAUCUUCAGGGCUGACCACUCGUGCCUGGCCCCGCUGCUGCCCGUCAACGCCUCGGUCCGGGACGUGCUGCGAGCGCUGUCCCCGAGCCUGGACCGGGACAGCGAGCACGUCCUGGUCCGCCUCAACUCUGCCGGAGACCGGGCGGUGCUGCCCCCGGAUGCCGUGGGGGUGUUCACGGCGCUGGGAUUCAACGAGCGGCUCUUUGUGGCCAGCGUGGACGAGCUGGGCGACCUGAGCCCCCACCCGGAGCAGCUGGGCCCCCCCGCGGGCUCCUGGGACACGCUGGAGCUGAUCAGCUCCAAGGAACUCGCCGGGCACCUCACGGAGCACGACUGGAACCUCUUCAGGAGCGUCCACCAGGUGGAGAUGAUUCACUACAUCGUGGGCCCGCACAAGUUCCACGAGGUGGCCACGGCGAACCUGGCGCGGCUGCUGCGGCGCUUCCAGGAGCUGCAGUUCUGGGUGGCCACGGAGCUGUGCCUGUGCCCCGAGCUGGGCCGGCGCGCGCAGCUCCUGCGCAAGUUCAUCAAAGUGGCGGCGCACCUCAAGGAGCAGAAGAAUCUCAAUUCCUUCUUCGCGGUGAUGUUCGGAGUGAGCAACACGGCCGUGACCCGGCUGGCCAAGACCUGGGAGAGGCUGCCCCACAAGAUCCGGAAACUGCACUCGGCUCUGGAGAGAAUGCUGGACCCAUCGUGGAACCACCGCGUUUAUCGCCUGGCCGUGGCCAAACUGAGCCCCCCAAUCAUCCCCUUCAUUCCCCUGCUGCUCAAAGACAUGACCUUCAUCCACGAGGGGAACCGAACCGUGACCGAGAACCUGAUCAACUUCGAGAAGAUGCACAUGAUGGCCAAAACCGUGCGGGUCCUGCAGCGCUGCCGGAGCCACGCGCACGCCCCGCUGUCCCCGCUCCGCACCCGCUCCUCGCACCGGCCCGAGGACCCCAAGGCCGUCAGGAUCUCCACGUGCUCGGAGCAGUCCCUGAGCGGGAGGAGCCCCGUGAGCACCUGGGCGUACCUGCAGCACCUCAGGGCCAUCGACAGCCAGAAGGAGCUGCUGAGGCUGUCCCGGGAGCUGGAGCCCUGAGGGGAUGGGGAUGGACUGGGGAGGGGGC